AAAGGGGGAAAAGUGAAAUGGAGGAUGUAUUAAUAGGACCAUUUGAUAAAGAAUCACGGGAAUUACCACUAACUCGCAUAACUAAAAGAAGAAGGAUUGAAGAAGGAAGGGAAGAACAAUAUUCCGAUGAAGAAGAACCUCUGUCAACAAGAAAAAGAAAGCAAGAUCGCAUAUUAGAUUAUUUAAAAAAAAUUAACAAGGAAGUUGAAGACCUUCAAAAUGACUCAACUAUAUCAAAUAUGGAUGAAAAAGAAACGAGAGAAAUAGAAGAAGUAAUAAGAAGAGAAGCAAGAAUAAGAGAUAUAGAAGAAGUGAGAAGAGAAAUAAGAGCAAAAGAAAAUGAAGAAAAAA